AUGUCGGAUGGAAGUGAUGAUGAUACAAACAACGAUGGAAAUUAUUGUAAAAAUGUUUCAUAUAAUUUUCUGAUUCAAAGAUUAGCAGAAGUUUCGAAUAGAAAAUGUCUGUUGCUUCCGAAGAAAAAGAAUCGAGUUGACUACAUUUCAAUUAUGCAAACAGCAGAAUUUUAUCCAGAACUUGUCAACAGUAGUCCCCCACUAGAACCUGGAUUCACUAGUUGUGAAGUAUUUGUGGUGGACAAAAAAGUCGAUAAAGAUACUUUGCAUCUUGAUAACUUUUCACCAUAUCACAUUGGAGCAACGAGAAGAACACUGGAACGCCAACAUUCAUAUUUUUACCGUGUCAAUGAAUCAGGAAACUUUGUUCCAGCAAUUAAAACAAAUGGAACUCAUAUUUUGAGAAUUCUUGUCAGUAUUUUGGGUUCGUGUCCGGCAUUGAACAGAAAGAUCUAUCGAAUGGUGAAAAUCGAAAGUCAAAAUAAGAAUUGCCUACCAUCUUUGAUAGUUUACACGUUUGAACCAGGUCACGAAAUACCGAAACCAAAUGCUCCAGCAAUCUUAAGACGACAAACUUCAGAUGAAAUUCAAAAAAUUCUGAAUAUUCCCGGAACUUCAUUCUCACAAGCACAUUCUGAAGCAGUUUUAAACAGGUUUUAUGAUGACCUACCAAUACGUGAUGAAGCUUCUGAUCAAAAAAGAGCACGUUAUUCAAUUGAAUCUACCAGUUCGACAAAUAAUCAGUUAAAUGAAAUUAACUCAUUCGUUGUACCAAAAUUCGAAGGCAGACAAGAAUCUGAGCAGCUCUUCAGAGAUGUAAAAGUUGAACAAUUCGAAGAAUCCGCCGAAAUUUCAAUCAAUAAUCGGGCACUAUCUCCUCACAUACAGCCAUCAAAAACAUCAGUAGUCAAUCGUCCUAACCAACAAAAUCGAAAGUUUCAAAAUUACGAUAUGUUCUCUGCUGGAGUUAUUUCAACUGCAACUGUUCCUGCUCCAAUGUUUCAUCCACAUAUCACACCAAUUGCUGAUUUAAAAGAUGAUGAUGGUUAUGAUCCAGAAGAAUUGACACAGAGAAACAAAUUAGCAUCUCUCUACAGAUUAGUUGAUCUGUUUAGAUGGAGCCAAGGAAUUUAUAAUCAUAUCACGGUUCGUGUUUCCACUGACCCAGACGAAAUUCUCAUUAAUGCAUUUGGACAACUGUACAGUGAAGUCAGUGCAUCGUCGCUUAUUAAAGUAGAUCUAGACGGAACUGUAAUUGAUGGUGGUUCAACUAAUUUUGGAGUGAAUCAAGCUGGUUAUGUACUUCAUUCGGCAAUUCAUAAUGGUCGUCCAGAGGUUAAGUGUGUUGUACAUCUUCAUCAUCCAUCAGUUGUUGCUGUUUCGGCUCAAAAGUGUGGACUUCUUCCAAUUAGUCAAGAGUCAAUGAUUGUUGGAGAUGUUGGAUAUCAUGAAUAUCGUGGAAUCCUGAUCGACGAAGCGGAACGUGCGUUGCUCGUCCGUGACUUGGGUGAUCGAAAUGUGAUGAUUCUUCGUAACCACGGAUUCGUUGUUUGUGGAGAGUCUAUCGAACAUGCUCUUAGCCUAACUUAUCAUUUAAUUAUUGCGUGUGAAACACAAAUUAGAACGGUUCCCGGCGGGAACACGGACAACGUGCAUUUUCCAGCGCAAUCCGCAAUCAAACAGGUUUACAAAGUCGCCAGUCAAGGAGGCGGUGGUGUGAAUCGACAAAACGGGCAUGUCAACUCAAUGCAAUGGAAAAAAGGAGAAUUAGAGUGGCAAGCAUACAUGCGACAGCUGGAUGCUCAAGGAUAUGUUACUGGAAAUGUGCCCAAUUAAUUACAAUUAAAGAAUAAUAAUACCAUCAUGUGUAAUUGUUCCUGACACGAACGUUUUUCGUGUCUAUUUGUUUGAGUAUUCGUAAGGUGUGAAUAAUAAACAUUGUGAAGAUCUU